CCAGAGGAAAAGUGCAAGGCACAAAGUCGUUGGCAGACAAGUGUUGCGCCGCACUAAGUAAAAAGGCGCCACUUUCCUGUCAGCAGGGCAGACAUGAUACUCCAGGCCAUCGAAGCUGUCCAGGAUGGUCCAGAAGGAUGCUGAGCAAGAGAGCGAGAUGAGAGCUGAGAUCCAGGAGAUGAAGAAGGAGCACUCCUCUAUCAGCAUGAUGGAUGAGUUUGCAAGAUAUGCCAGAUUGGAGCGCAAAAUCAACAAGAUGACAGACAAGCUAAAGACACAUGUAAACUCAAGAACAGCCCAGCAAGCUAAGAUGAAGUGGGUCGUGAACAUAACCUUUUAUAUACUGCAGGGUGCGCUGAUGAUCUCGCUGAUCUGGAAGUAUUACUCUGAUCCAGUGACGGUGGUCCCUAGUAGAUGGAUAGCCCCUGUGGAGCGCCUUGUGGCUUUUCCAACUGGAGUAGCAGGUGGAGUGGGAAUAACGUGCUGGCUGGUGGUUUGCAACAAAGUCGUAACUCUUGGUCUGCAUUCCAUCAGCUAGGGGUUUCCAUUGUGUUCCAUUUUAUCCUCCAGUAUUCCCAGAGCAAAUAAAUGCGUUUGUUGAGGAACUGGUUGAACUACAUGUUGUCUAAAGCUUCACAAGGGAAGCCUAGUGGUAUUUUUUUUACUUGUUUUGCUUGAUGUUUAGGUUAAAAGAAGUGCAAUGCAUUUCAUGAAAACUGAUUUUGAUUGUGUUCUUAAGGUUUUUUUUUCUAAGUGUUUUUGCUGUGAUGGUAAUUUAUUAUUCAUUUUGAUUGUGACAAUGCUCUAAUUGCACUUUUCAAUUUUUUAAUGCAAAGGUAAGGAAAUAAUCAUGUACUCUUCAAUAAAAUAAUGAAU